CCGAUCAAGCUGCUCAUCACAACAGCAAAGCAUCCAGCAUCGCCAACUUCCAAAAUCAACCUACGUUGUACACUUUUCGAGCCCUAUCCAGUUUUUGUUUCUAUACACUUCUUGCGAAGACAUGGCUUCUCGUCAGGAUCAGGCUAGCUACCACGCCGGGGAGGCCAAGGCCCGCGCCGAGGAGAAGACGGGGUACGUCGUGGGCGCGGCGCAGGACAAGGCGAGGGAGGCCAAGGACACGGCGUCCGACGCCGCGGGCCGCGCCAUGGGCAGGGGCGGCGACGCCAAGGAGGCGACCAAGGAGAAGGCGUACGAGGCCAAGGACGCGGCGUCGGACGCCACUGGCCGCGCCAUGGACAAGGGCCGCGGCGCCGCGGAGGCCACCAAGGAGAAGGGCUACGAGGCCAAGGACAACGCGGCCGACACCGCGCAGCAGACCGGGAGCUACAUCGCCCAGACGGCCGAGGCCGCCAAGCAGAAGGCGGCCGGCGCCGCCCAGUACACCAUCGACACGGCCCGUGCCGGCACCGAGCAGACCGGGAGCUACAUCGGGCAGACGGCCGAGGCCGCCAAGCAGAAGGCCGGCGCCGCAGCGCAGUAUGCCAUGGACACCGCCGUGGCCGGCAAGGACAAGACCGGCAGCCUCCUCGUACAGGCAGGGGAGACGGUGAAGGGCGCGGCGGUGGGGGCGAAGGACGCGGUGAUGAACACGAUCGGAAUGGGCGGCGGCACCAACGGCAGCACCGACGUCACCGCCAAGGACACCAGCACGUACAAGCCCGGGACCAGGGAUUACUAAUCGUGCCAUUGUCAAGGCGACCCUGAUGUAUCUUUCUAAGCUGUAGUUUAAUUUCUACGUGGCCAUCUGCCGCCACUUUGGUUUCUAAAUUAGCUCACCUCGUGGAGGUUGUAACUUGUCAGGACCUAGACAAAUGCCCAAUGAGGCAUCCUGACUCCUCCCUCCCAUACUUGUUUCCGUGUUUCAGAAUCUAAUAAAGUUGGAAUCCUAGUGCAUCUUUUGUAA